UAGAUUUGUAAAUAAGAAUACUGCACCACUUAAAUAAAUUUAAACAUUCUUAAAAUGACCGAAUUGGAUAAAUCACAAAACAAAAAAUACAUUGUUAACGAUUUGUUUUUAGCUUGUAUGUGCAAACGAAAUCUUGAUGUACGAGGUACAAAAAUACUUCUUCUUGUUGGAAAAGAGAUGUUCUCAAGAGUAAGGAGAAGAAUAGAUGAUAAAGAUAUUCCUAUAAUUUGCAAGUUCCUCCAAAGAAACAAUGAUGUGAUUGCAGUGAACCUAGCUUACAAUAACAUCACUGAUAGAGGGAUGGAAACCAUAAUAAACUUCCUAGAGGAAAAUGACUCUGUAUUAGACUUGAAUCUUAUGAACAACAAUAUCACAGAAAAUGGUAUUAUUCAACUGUCCCAGGCUAGAAAUCUGAAACUUAAAUCUUUGAGAGUAAAUGGGAAUAAAAUUGGACCAAAGGGGUUGAAAAGUCUGGUGAUGAUGUUGUCGUCCAACAGCACUCUGACUCACCUAGAUGUUGGAGAGACAGAUAUGGAUAUCUCAGCUCUGGCGUACUUCACUACUGUACUUCGCACCAACAAUACAGUCCAGGCUGUCAACUUUAACAGGAUACUUGGUCCUUUGGGUCACACACUGCAGACUGACCAUGUGGCUGAUCUUCUCCAACAAAUGCUUGUGAUCAACAACACUUUGAGAGAACUUCACCUACAGAAAAUAGGUUUUGUUGAUCACGACAUUGAGCUUUUAGUUGAAGGGUUAAAACACAAUUCCUCCAUUUUACUACUCGAUCUUUCGUGUAACAAUUUUGGAGACCAUGGAGUCGAACGACUCGCUGAAUACAUCGGAAGAAGUCCUUUGCAGACAUUGAUGGUCAGCAGCAAUAAUAUCAGAGAUUCGGGAGCAAGAAGUUUGAGUAUGAAGUUCCCCUACUCAAGAAUAACAUUUAUGGAUAUUUCAAAAAAUCAUAUAACAGAAGAAGGAGUUCUUGACAUACUGAAUUGUUUGAAGAAGGAACAUCCCAUCCAAGGAUUGUUCAUUAGAGGGAAUCAAAUUGGGGAAAAAGCUUGCAAGGUGCUUUAUAGAAUGUUACUGUCUGGGGUGUUGUCCAAUGACACGCUGGAUGUUAACUUGCACUGUGAGAGGGGCUCGUAUCACUACAGCUCCAGUCAUGCUGCCGAUCACGUCAAGCCCCACUACUACUGCCUGUGCUCCUCUACGUACCAAAGAAUGUGUUCUAACUGUGACGUCACUGUUGUACGAGGAAAGAAACCUGUAGACAAGCUUUGAAAUCUCACAGUUAAGAACAUUUUCUAAAGGAUUAGAAAAUAAUCUGUAAGGAUUUCAGGAACCUCUUCAGCAAUAUGAUAUAGCUGAAACUAUUAGUACACUUAUGUAAACUAUUUUGAAACCAUGCACUACCCCAUUUUCGUUCCUAUUUUGAUUCUAUGGUGUAUUUUGUGUUCUUGUGUUAAAUUGUAAUGUUUUUGUUUAAUGCUGUAUGUUACAAUGAUUUGUUAACAAAUUUGAAAAUAUCACAAUUUUAUAAAUUUACAUAUUUAUAAUAAUAGACCAAAUACAGUUGUUGUUAUUAUAAUUU